AUGACUCUCUCAGAAAGGCAGGAAUGGAUUUUAGGGGGAUCUUUGGUUCUUGGUGGAUUGGCACUCUACAUCCAAUCUUCAAAGCACCCAUUAAUUAAGCCUACCAAGGUAGUCUAUCCGCCUAAAAAUGGAGGAUCUCCUAAUAAUAGAAUCUAUCAAAUAAUUAGAGAUCCCUCGGAAUUAGACCCUCUACUUGUUACAAAGGCACCUCUUUUAUUGAACUUUGUCAGAUUGGGCGAACCUGCUUCUAGUAAACUCACCAUUUCUUUGCAAAAGAUCGUGAGUACGGACAUGGUCAAGGAAAACAAGGCGGUUAGUAUGGUGAGCGUUGAAUGCGAUGGGACGGAAAAUAUUCCGCUAGCAGUUAAAUACGCAAUCAAGGAGAUUCCCUCAAUUUUGUGCCUUGAUAAACAGCUUCCGGCGGGUAACUACGUAGAUUUGGACUUGAACCGGGAUCCCCAGAAUACCGAGGUGAAAGUGGAACAGUUAACACAAUGGGUUCGGGAACACGCUAAGGAUAUCACGGAUGAUCAGCACAAUUAA